AUGAACGUCAUCCUCCUCCCGGGCUCGGGUUGUACGCCCACGAUGGAGUGCAACUACUACAGUUGGCUCGCCAAGACCUUGGUGGAUCGAGGAAUCUGCGCGGACGUGAGAGUCACCGUCCCGGGUAUGCCGGACCCGUACGUGUGUCGAAGGGCGAAGUGGAUUCCGCACUGCGAGGAGGUGCUGAAGUGCGACGCCAACUCCGUGGUCGUCGGGCACAGUUCGGGAGCGGUCUGCGCUCUACGUCUCGCCGAGCGCAACGUUCUGCGCGGCAUCGUCCUCGUGUCCGGGUACGACGACGACUUGGGGGAUGAGAACGAGCGCGCCUCGGGCUACUUCGGUCCUGACCCGUUCGAUUAUGAAAAGGUGAAAGCCAACUGCACAAAGGGCAUCGACGCGGUGAUUGGUUUACGGGAUUCGCUGGUGCCGGCGGAGGUGCAACGCGCGUUGGCGGCCAAGUUAGACGCGAGGGAGACGCUGUGCGAACGCAGGGACCAUUUCUUCACGCCACCGGCCGAAGAAAUCGUCGAAGCCAUCAUGCACUUUGUGUGAAAAAUUAUGUAAAAUGACCAAAGACAACUCGCCGCUCCGCGACCGCCGCCUCAAUCCUUGUUCCGCUUGAGCGCGUUAAAUCGCUCCGUCAGGUCCCUGAAGUGCGUCUCCGGUCGAUUCGGGUCCACCUUGGACGUGUCCGGCUCACCGAGCGGGUCCCCUGGCUUCGGCGGCGGCGCCGGACCAAACUCGGGCUUCUUCUUCUUGUCGGACUCCUUCCUCCCCUUCGGCUCCUCCCUCUCCGGCGUGCCCGCUAUACCCGGCGGUGGCGACGGCUUCGACGGGUCCACCACGGGCGGCGGCUUCGCGGGAGGCGCGGCGGCCGACGGCGGGGUCAGGUCCGCGACGUAAUCGUCGUCGACCCCGCCGUCGCCCUCGUCCCCGCCGUCGCCGUCCCCUUUUUUCGCGACGGGCGUCCCGGCCACAACCUCCGAGAGCGACCUUCCCUUGUCCAUCCCGGCCCCGUCGCCCCCCUUCUUACCGGACAGCGAGUUCACGAGGAACCCGGGGGGAGGGAGUGGCGCGUUGCUGGUGAUGAUCCCGGAACCGGGCGCGGAGGUCGCCCGCGGCGCGGGAGCAGCUCCGCCGUGAGCCACCGCGAGCGCCGCCGCCGCCGCCGCCGCCUGCUGCGC